CCCUUGAAUUCCUUCAUUCACGUGAAAAACAAAAGGACAAGGUGACCCAUCCCUCCCAGCCACCCACGGACCAGUGGUCCCGUUACUAAUGAAUGGUGAGUGUGCUAAGGAGUUACCAUGUAGGAGUCUGUGGCGUAUUGGAACAAAUGGCAACCCGUUUUGCAUCACUCCAGCUCCAGUUACCAGUUGCAUCAGCUGCACCAACAGCGAAGCCCAGAAGUAGCAGGAAAUGCAGCAAACGUGCGAGAUCCAAGGUUGUGGCACGGGCAGCUCCGCCUCAAGAGGCCCUUCUCGGAUCACUGAAGGAGCUCCAGAGCCUUGUCUCCCCCAAGGUUGAACAGAGCCCAAGGAGCCGCGCGAAAUCGACUGCAGAGGAAGUCAUGGAUGGCAUCUCCCUUGAUUCCAAAGUUGUUCUCAUCACAGGCGGUAGCGCUGGGAUUGGAUUCGAAACAUCUAGAGUGCUCGCAAGAAGAGGUGCUCAUGUCGUCAUUGCCUCCGAGAACCUUAAGGCUGCACACGCAGCAAAACUCAAGAUUUUGGAGCAAACACCCAAUGCACAGGUCACCGUGCUCCAUCUCAAUCUCGGGUCGAUGUACUCUGUGCGAAACUUCGUGGCUAAGUUCAAAGCUCUGGGCCUGCCACUUCACAUACUCAUUAACAAUGCAGGAAUCGCUUCAAGCCAGUUCGUCCUGUCAGAGGAUGGCCUGGAGAUGACAUUUGCAGUGAAUCACGUUGGCCAUUUCGUUCUCACUCACUCACUGCUCGACUUGAUAGAGGAGACUGCAACGCAAUCCGGCAACCGAGGCAGAAUUGUCGUUGUUGCUUCCAGCCAACACGAGAGUGCUCGGGGAAUUAAUUUUAAGAAUCUUCACAGAAAAAGUUGGAUGUUCGCAGUCCCUGUUUUGCAGAGCAUUCAUGGACUGUCCACGGUUUAUGCACAGACCAAACUUGCCAACAUAUUGUUUGCCAAGGAACUGGCACGUAGACUCGAGGAGCAAGGAGUGAACAUCUCCGUGAACGCGUUGCACCCUGGAGUAUUCAACAGCAGCUUCGUUGAGAAAUUUGCUGAACCAGCAGGCUUGGCAUUUUCGUGGAUUGAACCAUUCUUGAAGACGAUUGAACAAGGAGCAGCUACAACAUGCUACGUGGCGGCACACCCAGAUGUCGAGGGCAUUUCCGGAAAAUACUUUGCAGACUGCCAGGAAACCUCAGGCAGCAAGUAUGCCAGCGACAUGGAGCUGGGCAAAGAGCUAUGGGCCUACACAGAGGACCUCAUCGCGUCCCACGCUAAUCUAGAAGACUGCCAUCUGCCAUCUUAGCGGCUCCCACUAUUGUGCGGCUUUCACUGUCGCUCUGGAUCUUGCUCGCAGCUCUAUAAGCUGUUUCACACCACCUCGCAUGGAAUUUCCAGGUGUGUUAUACCGAUUCUUUCUGAGCUCUCUCCAGGUAAGCUGCGGCAACAGAUUUAUAUUAUGUAGUCUUCAUCAGGCAAGUUCAUCUGGAGAAGUACGCAAGAACCGAAGAGGAUGAAGGCUCCCAUCGUACAAAGCCACAAAGAUUCUUGGCAGCUCGAAGAAAACCAGAACGGAGAGCAAUCAUGCCACAAAAUUGACCGUGUAGAAGCAGAAUCUCGCUAGUUUUGGAGCAGCUUCUCUAGGAGAAAGCACAGGCACACAAUUGCCACCCAAGACCCAUAUCGACAGCUUACUUGGGAUACGACAUCCCAGAAGCAUUGCUGCCAAAUGCGGACUUGGUUGCAAGUCCCCCAAACACCGUGAGCAAACGAGCACCACGGAACUCUAGUUCCGUUCCAACACAGUGCGAAGAAACGGAGCUUGGGGAGUCCCAAACAAAGACGGUAACUCCGUAUUCGUCGUACAUUGCAGUUUUCCGGAACGGAUUACAAGUAUUUAUCCUGAGCCAACGGAAAACGAAACUCCAGGAGUCAGAAAGCAGCCGCGAUUGCGGCAGUGGGACAAUCCAAGUCACGAGCAUUGUUCUUA